AUGAACUGGGCCAGCUUGGUACUGGUGAGUGCUUCCGGCUGUAUCGACACCGAUCCGGAGCCUUUCUUCGUGCAUUCUGGUGCGUCGACAUCAUCUUGGCAAAGAGCUGAAUCUGGCGAUCACGCAUCACAAAGUUGGGUCGAAACUCAAUUUCAGAUAGUGGAAGACCAGGCACGAAGCUGUUGGUCUCGGGGCGGACGGUACUGGGAGACCGACUUGGACACGUCUUCGUAUGUAGCAACAUUGCGUAUUGCUGGAUCUACAUGGGAGGCAGCGGACUGUCCAGAAUGCUUGCAGAAUUUCGUGGACCUUUGGAAUGGUUUGCCAGAUCGUCUUCUCGGCGGUAUCUGUGCGCAUGCGCUGUGCGAUCGAGGUCAGGUUCAGUCAAGAAUCUACCCUCUUUAUCUGUCUCGUGCGCUACAUGUCGAGUUCGCUUUGCCCUCACCCGCGCAGCACGUGAAGGUCCGGGAACUCUCGCACUGGUCGCAGCUGCGCCUGGACUUUGUUGUUGGCGGCAUCAACAGCUGCGGCACCACCAGCAUGGCAAAGGCACUGGACCAGAUUGGCGACAUAGACUUCACCAUGGAUGGCGAAGACAACUUUUUCUACAGGCACGACUCCUUGCUGCCCUACCGGGAAGAGGUCGAAAGCUUCAACUUCCAGUGGCUGUCCCAUUCUUGCUCGCAGUGUCUCCGUGGGUUGCGGCACCCUGGACUUUACCACAGUCACCGAGUACGGCUGGCUUUGGCCCACAUUCCCAGGUUGAAGGUGGUUAUCGUCGUGUGUGAUCCCGUGAGCAGGUUCGAGAAGUGGUUCUGGAUGUUCUUGCAUUGCAAGUCGUAUCCUGCCAAGCCACGGCACAAGCUGAAAGCAGAUGGACCGGAGCGCUGCUUCCACAGUCCUGCGAGCGCAUUGGAGGAGCCAGAGAUGUUGAGACAAAGUAGUUUCGGCUUUCACCUGCGCUCGCUUCACAGUGUGUUUGGUUCAAGACUGCGCGUGAUACAUCAGGCCCAUUUGCGCCACCAUCCGAUUGAGGCCUGCACAAACGUGGUGCAAUUCCUUGGUGCAAGAAUGCCUCCCUCAUUCAAGGUUGAGCGCCACAAUCAUCAAAGGGGCUAUCGCACGAACAUGUGUCAGAAUCAAUCGCUGGUUGCAGAUCUUCAGAAGUUGCUUCUGGAAGAAUACGAUGCAAUGGAGGUGGUCCUGAGUGCAGCUGGAGGUGGGCUUGCACUGCCUAAGGAGCUACAGCUGCGACAAACUCGAUGUGAUCGCCCAGAGGAAAUGCAGGGCAUGGCGCCUGAGGUCGACCGGGCGCCACUGCUAGUAGCAAUGCCUUGA